AUGAGAGAGAUCAUCAGCAUCCACAUCGGCCAGGCCGGGAUCCAGGUCGGCAACGCCUGCUGGGAGCUCUACUGCCUCGAGCACGGCAUCGAGCCCGAUGGCACCAUGCCCAGUGAUACCUCGGUUGGCGCCGCACAUGAUGCCUUCAACACGUUCUUCAGUGAGACCGGUUCCGGCCAGCAUGUGCCGAGGGCCAUCUUCGUUGACCUUGAGCCCACUGUCAUCGACGAGGUUCGCACUGGCUCGUACCGCCAGCUCUUCCACCCAGAGCAGCUCAUCUCGGGGAAGGAGGAUGCAGCUAACAAUUUUGCCCGUGGCCACUACACUGUUGGGAAGGAGAUUGUCGAUCUAUGCCUGGACCGCGUGCGCAAGCUUGCAGACAACUGCACUGGGCUGCAGGGAUUCUUGGUGUUCAACGCUGUUGGUGGUGGUACUGGCUCUGGACUUGGUUCACUGCUAUUGGAGCGCCUUUCAGUUGAUUAUGGCAAGAAGUCUAAGCUCGGUUUCACCAUUUAUCCUUCCCCACAGGUGUCAACAGCUGUUGUAGAGCCAUACAACAGUGUCCUCUCGACCCACUCCUUGCUUGAGCACACUGAUGUUGCAGUCCUCCUGGACAACGAGGCUAUCUAUGACAUAUGCAGGAGGUCUCUUGACAUCGAAAGGCCAACCUACACCAACUUGAACAGGCUGAUCUCACAGAUCAUAUCAUCACUUACCACCUCCCUGAGGUUUGAUGGUGCUAUCAAUGUGGAUGUUACUGAGUUCCAGACCAACCUUGUUCCAUACCCACGCAUCCAUUUCAUGCUUUCCUCAUAUGCCCCUGUAAUCUCUGCUGAGAAGGCCUACCAUGAGCAGCUCUCUGUGCCUGAAAUCACCAGUGCUGUCUUUGAGCCCUCAAGCAUGAUGGCCAAGUGUGACCCAAGGCACGGGAAGUACAUGGCUUGCUGCUUGAUGUACCGUGGUGAUGUUGUUCCCAAGGAUGUCAACGCCGCAGUUGCAACCAUCAAGACCAAGAGAACUGUCCAGUUUGUGGACUGGUGCCCCACUGGAUUCAAGUGUGGCAUCAACUAUCAGCCACCCUCUGUUGUCCCUGGAGGCGACCUGGCAAAGGUCCAGCGCGCCGUGUGCAUGAUCAGCAACAACACUGCCGUUGCCGAGGUGUUCUCGCGCAUCGACCACAAGUUCGACCUUAUGUACGCCAAGCGUGCAUUCGUUCACUGGUACGUCGGUGAGGGUAUGGAAGAGGGCGAGUUCUCAGAGGCCCGUGAGGACUUGGCUGCUCUUGAGAAGGACUAUGAGGAAGUCGGCGCAGAGGGUGCAGAUGACGAGGGUGACGAGGGAGACGAUUAUUGA